AACAAGCCGGCACCAUGUAAGCCUAUAUAAAAACUCUAGAGACAACUUUAGUUAUUAACUCGAUUUUUCAGCACAGACAGCGCGAGAUCUAAGCAAAAACAGGAACACUGAAAGAGAAAACACUGCCUUCUACAAAACAGUAAACCUCUGAUAUAAAGUGCUCUAUUGGUAUUAUGCCACAUUUGCACAUAUCACAUUCUCACCCUGCACAUUUGCAUUUUUUGGGGAAAGAUGUGAUACUGGAAAAACUGCCACCAUUGCAGAGUGAUGACAAAACUGCACAGGAUCUCUUCUCAACUUCUGACUCCCAGUCAAGAGACAGGAAAAAAAGAAUGACUGCUGCCCUUAAAGACUGGGACCAAGAUUAUUCCCAUUACAAACACUGGCAAAACAUAGACUCUGUCCAGAGGACAUACAGCUCUGCCCCAACAAGACGAAGAAUGGACUCUGAUGGAGACGAUGACUUUUUAUUAGAGAAAUCUGAAAAGGAUAUAGUUUUUCCAAUGAAGCCUGUGUGCCACAAACGAGCUUUUUGCCUGAACAACUGUCAAGCAGGUGAUUAUUAUUUUAAGCAAAAAGAGACUUCAUAUCAAAACAGACCUGAUUAUCUUGAGGUGGACAGGAGAAGGGUUAAACAGGUCAGUAACAGGAGACAGGUGAACAUGAAUCCAAGUAAACCAGAGCCUUUUGACACUGAAUCUCAUCACCAGCCAUCACGGAAAAGAGGUGAGGCCAAAAGCAAUUCGGCCAGAGAGUACCAGGCAUUACGUGCGGACCAGUACAUGCUUCCUGAGAGUCAGAAUAGUUUGGCAAAGGAAAUACAAAGAAAGGAAGUGAUCUUACAGGAAAAGCUGAUGAAGACAGGAGAAAAACUGAAGAAAAUCCAACUUAGGACUAGAUCUGGGGACAAAGACAAAACAGAACAGAGGAAUGAGAACAUGGAAAAACCAGAAAAACAGUUACACUUAACUGAAAAGGGAAACUGGGACUGGGAGAGUGGCAGAGAAAGGGCAAUAGCAGGUAGAAGAAGAGACGAAGGACAAAGAGAAAAACCUAGAGACUGGGGAAGGGAAGACAGAGAUGAUAGAGAAAGACGAGAAAAGCAUGAGAUAAAGACAGAUGAGGAUUAUAGAGAGAGAAGAAGAGAAGGAAUAGAAAGGGAGUACAGAAUGAGAAAUACUCAAAGAACCUCAGACUACAAGAUUAUGUCAAAAGAAUGGGACAAUCAUGAAGUAAGAACAACACAAUGGAAAACAGUGAGGGUGGAAAAAGACAACAUAAUAAAAAGAGAAAGAGCAGUAGAAUGGGGCAGGAAUGAGUUGCGUGAAUGGGACAGUAGAGAUCGGCAGGGAAGAGUGGAUGAUGACAGACAAAGGAGAGGUGAAAGAGUAAAAUCGAAGAGAGACCUAGAAAACGAAUAUCAGAAGAAGCAAUGGAAUGUACUGGAUGCAUUUAUGUCAAAUUCACAUGACAAAGUGAAAGCAUCCUCAAGGCACGAUCAAACAAACAGGUUUACAGCAGACCAGCAUCCAGCCCAAGUAAGGCUGCAGCAGCAGCAGCACAGUCAGAGAGCAGUUGAGAAGGCGAUAAACAGCUUCAGAAAGGGUCCACCCAAAGCACCAUCCACUGAAGAAGCAGUGGCCCAGUCUCCUCGGCUCAACCAGACUGGUACCAGGCUUCAGCAAGUCGAACUCAGCCCAGAAAUGAGUCUUGAUGCUACUGGCCAGCUUGUACCCUGUGAAAUAUGCAACAGGUGCUUUGCAGAAGAGCGUCUUGAGAAGCAUAUCAGGAUUUGUGAGAAACUGCAGCAGUCCAAACGUAAAACAUUUGAUUCUGCACAGUUCAGGGCCAAGGGCACUGAACUGGAGAAGUUCAUGAAGACGAACAUCCAGCGCAAGGCACCAGAGCCAAAGAAGAACAACUGGCGUCAGAAACACGAGGCUUUAAUUCACAACCUGCGCCAAGCUCGUGCCCCAGCACCAGGAGGCUUUUCGCCCAAGCCAAGUUUAGAUGUGAAUCCAGAUUAUGUAAGCUGUCCCCACUGCAGCAGACGCUUUGCUCCUGGUCCAGCAGAGAGACACAUUCCGAAGUGUCAGAACAUUAAGAGCAAACCUCCACCCCCUAGACAUCGCUAAUAAAAAUGUGAUGGCAGAAUUAUAACAUUUUGAAUUAUGUGUUUAAAAUGUUACAACAGUUAUCACUGCCACUAAAAUGUAAAAGUGAAUGUAACUGUAAAGCAUAAUAAGUAUAUGAAUAUAUACAAAUGCAGCUGCAAAAUGAAUUCAGGUAUGUUUAAUGCUGUUUGUAGGGUUUACUGUUUUGAUUAAUAUAAAAAGUGUUUGCAGACUUACAAAUUAAACUGCUGCUACUGAAA